AUGUCGUCGCUGUUCGGCCGGCCCGCGGGGGCCCGCCCGCCGCCGCCCGCCUUCCCGCCGCCCUGGGCGGCUCCGGCGGCUCCCUCAGCCCGCGGCUCCCGGCCCGGCAGCCAGUGCAGGUCCCGAAGCCACGCUCCGUCUUUCUGUGACGAGUCCCUGUUCGGUGCCAAGCCGCAGGGCCCUGCCUGGGCAGCUCCGCGGAUGAGGAAGGAGGAUGUAGCCAAGCUCCACUCGCUGCUCUGGAGCCCCCCGCCCGCCCCCCAGAGCCAGCCCGGCCUCUCCCCACGCUGCCGGGGCGCUCCCCUGCGGGCCGUCCAUCCCCCGGCCUCCGCGCCCCCGGCUGCAUCCGAGCCCGGCCCCCGGGACAAGUUGUGUGCCUGGAAACAGCCCGGGAGCGAUGCUUGCCCCAAAGGCUGGGCUGCUCCUGGCAGAGCACGCUCCCAGUCUGUCAGCCGGCUGAGCACGCCCCCGGACAGGAUUCACCUUUCUUCCAGCCUCAGCACAGAAAGGUGGAAGAACCAGAGCGCUCCAACAACCCCUGCAGCCCCUCAGGGCCCGCUGGUGAGGGGUCGGUCCAACAGCGUGUCCGGAUCUCCUGUGCCCAGGAAUGCCAAGGCAGCAGGUGGCUGCACAGUCAGACCCCCCUGGAAGUGAUGCCAAGUGUCCCUCUGGAUGUACAUACAGCCUUAAUCCACCUGAGGCCUCCCUGAGGCCAAGCCCACGAGGAUCCUGGGCUUUUCCAUGGCUGGAUACGAAGGACGGGGCUGUUCCAUGCUGGAAGCCAAGCCAGGAGCCAGAGGUGACCACAGUGCUGGGAGCAGUGACCUCCUGGUUCAGGGCACACCCCAUGGCACCAGAGCAGGAGAGCCUUGGUGGGAACAGCUGCUUCCCGUGAUGUGCAGGGGUGUCAGAGGAGGUUCCUGUUGUCUGGGAAAUCCAGCUGGGAGGUUGGAGCAGCAGGGGACAGGAGUGUCCCCAGUGCAGUGCAGGGCCCAUCCAGGCACAGGUGCAUUGCAGGGACAGUGCAGCUCUGUGGGGACAGGCAGGGGCUGUGCAGCUCCCAGACAGGGGGUGCUGCUGGGGUGGGGUCCCAGGUGAGUCUGCCUGGGGCAGUUGGGGUCUGAGGGCCCUGGCCAGGACCUUUGCUGAGCACAUGUGGUGAGAGCAGUCCUGCUCCAUCCCACCUGUGCUGGUGCCUGCAGGAGUGCAGGACAUCCCUCGUCUGACCUGCUCAAGGUGGCUCCAAGGUGGUGGAAACCCCUAGGAAUAGAGGCUGCACAGCCUCUCUGGCCUCCUUCCCACUGCUCCACUGUCCUCAGGAUGGAAAUUCUCCCUUUAUCCAGUCAGACCCUUUCUAGUUUGAUUUUGUGUCUGUUCCUGAGCACAAACCUUGGCCCAGCCCUUAUGGCGCCCCUCCUCUUUGCAGGUGUUGAGAGGCUGCUGGGGCCCUCCCAAAGGUUCCCUUCUCCAGGAAAUGAGCUCCAUUCCCUCUGCCUCCAUGCACAGGAUGGUGCCUUGGUGUCCCCCUGCUGUCCUUGCUUUGUGCCACCAACACCUUAUGGACUCCUCUGACAAAGCAGGACGGGGGAGGACGAGCACAGAGGUGAGGAAAGCACUGCCCUGGUCCCAGGCUGGAUGGGGUUUGUGACACAGAAGGAUCUGCCCAGGGAUUGUGGCAGCUCGUGGUGAUGAGGAGGUGCUGAGUAGAUCCAUAAUUGUGUGGCUGAGGGGUGUGAGGUGCUCACAGCAGUGCCACGGUGUCACCAAAUAAGUGCUCUGAGACCAAUCUGGGAUCUGUGGGAUGCUGCUGAGGGGUCUGGGCACCUCCAAAGCUCCUCCACUUCCUUUGCUGAGGUGGGAAGGAGCAGCUCUGUGUGUAUGGAGGUGGAUGAAGGACAUGGGGUGGGUGUGUGGGGUUUGCAGUCACUGCUCCCUGGGGAGGGAGGCUGCAGUGAGGAGCUGCUGGGGCUAAUGGGAGUUUGGUAACUCCCAUGCCAAGGGAAACACUCACAUUCACCCAAGGACACACCAAACGAGGUUAAGAGCAUCAUUCUGCCCCCAAAAAUGAUUUUAUUGGACCUUGAGCAGCAGCAGGAUCAGGCCUUGACCCACUCCAGCAGGUGGAGCUGGAGCCAGCCAGGAGCCAGCACUGAGGGGGAUUUCUGCUCAUUUCUGGGCCUGAUAGGAAGCAAGAAUAACCUGACAUUAUUAAAACCUGAGAAGGUGAGUGAGGAUCCUUGUGAUUCGCUCCAUGUUCUUGGAUCUCCCCCUAUGCUUCCCACUGAGGCAAUUCAGCAGCUCUUCUCCAGCUGGGGUAAAAAUUGGAGGGACAGGAAACAACCGUGGCCUUCUCAGAGGAGGGGUUGGCAGUGCUGGUGUCAAUCCCAGCCCGAUCAGCUGUGUUUGGGAUGUGGGCACAGUGAGAAGUGUGCAGGCUGGGAGAGAGCCCAGAUGUGGUUUGGACACUAGAUGGAGACAAGAGGGUUGAGGAUUGACACAGGAGCAGGAAUGCUGUUCAGCAGCAGGUGGGACAUCCAGAGAGGCGAGUCCUCAGCAAACUGGGGGAACUGCCCUGGAAUCUAGGCAGCAGAGAACUGAACCAGUGUGAUCUGGUUCCUUCCUUGAAAGAGGAAGCCUCUUAAAAUAAGGAGAGAUUUUAUCUGAAAAUUAAGUAAGCAGUGGCCUGUGUGGCCAGGAUUGGCCACUUUACCCCCACUGCUGUGCUCAGGGUCCAAGGAAUCAGUGGGGGAAACUAGAGCCACGCUUUCCUGUCCCACACUGGUCCAGGUUGUCACCAAGGCCUUCCAGGAGGUCAGAACUGGCACGGCACUUCCUUGCUAUUUACACAUGAGGACAGUGUUGUUUAAGUAUAAAUGUGUUGUUUGCAUUUUGUUCUAUGAUUUUCACUCACAUUGGUGCUUUACUGUUGCCUUGUCCUCUGGUUCUGUCAGAGCUGUGCAGCCCAGCAGGAGAGCAAAAGCUGCUCUGUUACUGCUGGAGCUGGAAAAAACAGCAGUUACUGUUACUGCUGCUCCCGUGAAAAAAACCCCACAUUAAAUCUGAAUGAAAUGAGGUGGGGGAAGUGUUCAGUUGUUUCCUCCCUGCAGAUCCAGCCUGUCACUGGUGCUCAGCUCAGGCCAGAGUUGUUGAUACAGAGGCCUGAACCCAGCUGGGGAUCCUCCCUGCUGCUGCUCUCGUUUUUCUGCCUGCUCAGCGCUGACAUAAAUCUCACUCUCCACCUUUCACCCCACCCUGAUGUGUUGCUUAUUGGGGCUGGAAGCUGUGUUGCUUUCACUGGGGCUGCUUUCCACUGACACCAGCAGAGCACUGGGCUGGACUGGGACCCUCCAAAAGCAGCAGAGCUGGCAGAGCUGACCUGAGCAGGCUUCGUGUCCUGCAGGACCUUUGGAGAGCCAGCGCUGCUGGAUUCCCCUCACGGUCCCCACUGUGCCGGGGCACGGCUGGACUGCACUCGGGCCCGAUCCAUUCCUACCGCCCGCGGGGCCUGCGCGCAGAGAGGGCCCGUCUCCGUUCUUCCCGUCUCCGUGCGGCCCGGGGAGGAACGGCCGUCCCAGGCCGGGGAAAGCGGCUGUCCCGGCCCAGGGAGGAGCGGCUGUCCAGGCCCGGGAGCACCCCGGGGUCCCGGGCCCGCUCCCCUCGGUCCCCGAGCCGCUCCCGCCCGCGUUCCGCCGUUGCCCGGUGACCGCUCCUCGCCUCCCUGACCUUGGGGGGGGGCCUCGGCGCAGCCAAUGGCAGCCCCCGCUUCACUACCCCAGAUC